AUGAACAUUCAGGAGUUUCUGUAUUUCUGCCUUGUUCUUGUUACUGCGUCUGCGAAAGGACAUGAAAACGGGCAGGGAGUCAUCACAGUGGUGGUCCCAGAAGGAAGAGAUGCCAUCUUACCCUGCUCCCUCAGCACCAAGCUGAGCCUUCAACAUGAGGUCUUUGACUGGAAGAAAGAUGGUCAGAAGGAAGUCUUCCUGUACUCUGCUCGCGACGAAUACAAUAACGGACGUCCGGGACAAGACGAGCAGUUCAAAGGUCGGGUCUCACAUUUCCCAGAAGAGUUGACGCUUGGUAACGCCUCCAUAGUCAUCAGAAACACCAAGCUGGUCGACAGUGGAAACUAUUCCUGUAUUUUUCCACAUCUUCAGCCAAAGGAACAAAGUUUCAACAUUAAACUCAUCGUUGGUGCAGCUCCAAAGCCUUUUGUUGGGAUCCUGAACAUCACGGAGGACGGGGCGCUGCUGAAGUGUGAGGUUCCAGGUGCUUUUCCGAAGCCUUCGGUGGAGUGGAAGGACAGCGAUGGAAACAUCCUUCCCGCUGAGGAGCCGUGCGUGUCGUACAGAGGAGACCACUACUACGUCACCCUCCUCAUCACUGUGACCAAGACAGACACCAAUGUCUUCCGCUGUGUAGCCACCCAGCAGGAGAUCAGCCAUGUGACUGAUGAUGAGAUCUACGUGCCUCACUGUGGGAAAACAGCUGAGAACUGCUGUGGAGCUGGUGUGGUUGUAGCAGCAUUUUGUGGUGGAGUUCUGAUUACUGCAGUUCUGUUUGUAGUUAUAAAGUACAUUAGAAGAUGGCAGAGAGCAAAGGGUUGGAUGUAACAGCAUCAGUGUCACUAAGAACGAUUAAUCUAACAAUGGGAAAAAAGGCUGUCAUCAAUGAAGACAUGUGACCAGGGGUGGUGCCAGCGUUCUGUUUUUGGACCGGCCUUGUAAUUACACAAAUAAAUAUGAUUAAUAGGAUACUAUCAUUUUGAUUUAUUACAAGCAGAUAUUCUAUGGUAUAAAUUAAGAAUACAGGACCUUAUAUAUCAAUGAUCAUAUCU